GAGAGAACCAGCACAACAGGUGCAUUUCACUGUGAUUUUCUCAUUAAGUGUCCUCAAUAUCAUUGUGUCAAAGUGUUGUGCACAUAACAGAGGCCUGACAAUACAAGAACAAGAACACAGAGACGCCUGACAGCUUCAGAUUACAACUCAGAGCCGAGCGAGAAGCGUGAACAGCUUUCCACCUGAGACGGACACAUAAGAGAGCAACGUCAGGAAUCAUCAUGACGGAUCAAAUACGCAGAGUGGCAUCCAAAGACGGCCAUAAUAACGUCAAGAUUGACAAUGUGGAGGGCAUGAUAAAGCUCUUCUUACACGACAUCUGGACCACGGUGGUGGACAUGAAAUGGCGCUAUAAGAUCACUCUGUUCGCCUCCACCUUUGUAAUGACCUGGUUCCUGUUUGGAGUCGUUUUUUAUCUUAUUGGUCUGAGGAACGGCGACUUUGAUGCGGACCAGUCAUCCAAUCACACGGCAUGUGUGAUGAACGUGGAAACACUGACGGGAGCAUAUUUGUUUUCUCUGGAGACCCAGACCACCAUUGGCUAUGGGUUUCGUCACGUAUCUGAGGAAUGCCCGCUCGCCAUAUUCGCGCUGGUAGUUCAGCUGGUCUUCACGGGCCUGGCGGAGAUCUUUGUGACCGGAGCCUUUCUGGCCAAGCUGGCGAGGCCUAAGAAGCGUGCGGAAACCAUUAAAUUCAGCCAGUCGGCAGUGGUGUGCAAGCGCGAGGGCGUCUGGUGUUUGAUGGUGCGAGUGGCCAACAUGAGAAACAGCCUGCUGAUUCAGUGUCAGCUCUCGGGCAAAUUACUGUCGCCCUACGUUACCCAAGAGGGCGAGAAGACCCUCAUCCACCAGGCCAGCUUAGACUUUCAUCUGGACUGCAGUGACGAAUGUCCGUUCCUUCUCAUGCCCCUGACCUUCUGCCACCUCCUGGACGACAAAAGCCCACUGGCCGGUCUCACAGCCGCCGACCUACCGACCCGAGAGUUUGAGUUGCUGGUCACUCUAAACGGUACGAUGGAGUCGACCGCGGCCACCUGUCAGAGCCGAACGUCUUACGUGCCGCAGGAGAUCCUGUGGGGUUAUGAGUUCAAACCUGUGCUUUUCAACACGCCUGGGGGGAAGCUGGCUGCCGACUUUAACUUCUUUGAUAAAGUGCAGAUGUGCGACGAGCCAUUGGCUGUCCAGAACAACUCUGAGAAACUUCAGCUGGAGGAGAAAUAUAGACAAGAGUGAAGAAUCCACUCCAGAAAACCAGAAUCAAGACUGAAAAAAAUGAAAUCAAUCUUCAGUUAGUAGAUUAAUGAAUUACUCUUGUGAUUAGGGUUGCAAAAUUCUGGGAAUUUUUGAAACUUUCCAUGAAAAUUCCAUGGGAAUAUAUGGGCAUUGUGGCACAAUGAUAGGGUUGCAAAGAGGCGGAAAGUUAAUGGUAAAUUUUCUGGUAACUUUAUCUGGGAAAUUUUAGACAUAUUUCAAAUUGGAAACUUAACAGGAAUUUAUGGGAAUUAUUUGAACAUUUUAGGAAUAUAAACUAUAUCAUAUACAAACAUAAAUAAAAAAUUGGUCAUAAGCAGACAUGCAUGCAAGGUUAAAAAAAAGACAUUCAAAAAAUAAAAAAAUGACCCCAAACUUUUGAAUGUUUACAAAAUAUUUUUAUUUUAAAUAAAUUGUUAUUGUUUAACUUUUUAUUCAUCACAGAAUUCUGAUACUUACACUCAUCAAGUCUGGAUUUAUUUGAUCAAAAUCUUUCAGAAAUCAUUCUAGUAUGUGGUGUGUUGUGUGCAUGUGACUGAUGAAUGUGCGGGGUAGAAAUUCAAUUGAAAUUGCAUUAAAUCUUGUUGUUUUAAACUAAAUUAUACUGCAAGAUUUUUAACUACAUUUAAGUUCCCUGUUAUAGGGAACUAUAUUUUCAAAAUCCAGUUUAUUCCCAUUAAUUCCCUUAAAUUUCCAUAUAUUGCCGUUAAGUCCCAUAUAUUCCAGCCUUUAAAAUUCCUGUCAUUUUGCAACCCUCCACACGGAUGAAGACGAGUCUGAUGUGGAGAAAGCUAAUGUUUGUAUGUGAUUGUAUAAAUUACCCAAAAUGUACAAAUAAUUUCCUUUAAUUCCUUACAUUUCCAACUUGAAAUAUUUUGAAAAUUCUAAUUAUGAUUUAUAAGUUCACGUUACUUUAAGGAUCAUUAUGGAAAUGAAAGUGUUGAUCUGUAUUUAAACGUAAGUCUGUAAUAUAAACAUUGAUGUAUAAUGUCAAAUGUGAUUCGUGUUUCUUCUUCAAUAAAAACUUGACUGAU